AUGAGCGCCGCGCGCGCGUGCCGGCCAUCCUGGGACUUGGCCCUGGACCCGCUGGUGUCCUGCAAGCUGUGUCUGGGGGAGUACCCCGUGGAGCAGAUGACGACCAUCUCCCAGUGCCAGUGCGUCUUCUGCACCCUGUGCCUGAAGCAGUAUGUGGAGCUCUUGAUCAAAGAAGGAUUAGAAACUGCGAUUAGCUGUCCAGAUGCUGCCUGCCCCAAACAGGGCCACCUGCAGGAGAAUGAGAUUGAGUGCAUGGUGGCGGCUGAAAUUAUGCAAAGAUACAAAAAGCUACAGUUUGAAAGAGAGGUGCUCCUGGACCCUUGUCGGACUUGGUGCCCGGCGUCUACCUGCCAGGCGGUGUGCCAGCUCCAGGAGAUGGGGCUGCACACCCCCCAGCUGGUCCAGUGCAAAGCCUGUGACACGGAGUUCUGCUCUGCCUGCAAAGCCAGCUGGCACCCCGGCCAGGGUUGCCCGGAGACCACGCCCAUCACCUUCCUUCCCGGGGAGACCAGCUCCACUUUCAAGCUGGACGAGGAUGAUGCGCCCAUCAAGCGCUGCCCCAAGUGCAAAGUCUACAUUGAGCGGGACGAAGGCUGUGCCCAGAUGAUGUGUAAGAACUGCAAACACGCCUUUUGCUGGUACUGCCUCGAGUCCCUGGAUGACGACUUCCUCCUGAUCCAUUAUGAUAAAGGGCCCUGCAGGAACAAGCUGGGCCACUCCAGGGCGUCUGUCAUCUGGCAUCGGACACAGGUCGUGGGCAUCUUUGCUGGAUUUGGGCUCCUGCUCCUGGUGGCUUCCCCUUUCCUGCUCCUGGCCACUCCGUUUGUACUUUGCUGCAAGUGCAAGUGCAGUAAAGGUGAUGAUGACCCUCUGCCCACCUAG